GAAGAAGAUGUUCCAGAUAUCUGCAGAACCAAUGGCCUCGAAAUUAAAAGCCAGUCUGACAUGCUUCAUUUGGAGCGGUGCAAGGUGAUCGCUGGUGAUAUCCAUGUCAAUGAGUACACUGACGCCAUCUUGGUGUUGAACAACGUUGAGAGAAUCACUGGCAGCUUGAUCGUAAGAAACUCGCCUGAGCUUGUCAGAAUCGAAGCCCCUCGCGUUGAAUCCAUCUCUCAGUUAUUCUCGUUGCAGGAAUUGACCUCGCUCGCACUAAUCUCGUUUCCUCAUUUGAAGUCGGUCCAUUCACUCAAUUGGAAAGUGUUGCCCAUCUUGAGUAAUGUACACUUCGACAACGAAAUCGCUGCUUUCGACAGCAUCACCGUUGCAGAUACCUCUUUGACCAGCUUCUCUGGAUUCUUGACCGAUGAACUAGAAACCUUAGAUAUCAACAAUAACCGGUUCUUGGACUCCAUUAGUUGCGAUGUUGAGAAGAUAAACGAAAAGCUUCAUGUUGCUGCUAAUUCCGCUUCUAUUACUGUCGACUUAUCUCAGCUACGGAGCGUAAACAACGUUAGCAUUCAUGAAGUGGCCGAAUUGAACUUGACGCUGUUGGAGGAAAUUGGACAAAGCAUGAAUAUCAUCAAUAAUUACUUCUCGCAAGUCAAGUUUCCCAAGCUAAAACUGAUCGGCGGCACUCUCAGUCUUCUUAAAAAUGAAAAAUUGAGCCAAAUCGAAUUUCCUGUCACUACCGAUAUUGGGGGUGGACUAAUGAUCGUCAAUAAUACUAAUCUUGAUACAAUCGAUUUCUUACCCGAGUUGAGCGUGAUUGGUGGUGCCCUUAAACUUGUGGGCAAUAUCAAAGAAACUAGCAUGAAACUGUUAAGAUUGGUCAAGGGCAGUGCAAAGAUUCUCACUCUGUCAACUUCUUUUGAUUGCAACAAAUGGACUAGAAGUGAAAUUGGUUCAGUGAUUAGAGGAGGAAAGAUUGAGUGUACUAAUGGGAACAAUGAUAAGAUCGUCUCCGACACU